AAUAUUUUCCUCCCCAAAAUUAAAAGUCUUUCUUCAAUUCACUACACAAAUACUAAAUCUAUUUGUUAACUAUGGAAUCCUCUUCAGCUUUAACACUUUCUCAGCUUCCUUAUGUCUACCCUGCAAUACCAAACACCAACAAAAAUUCUACUUUUUGGCCAGCUGGCAGGCGAAGGAACUCUCAAUUAUCCACAAGGUUACAUUGCAACAAGAUGUUUGUACCUGGAUUUGGAGAAGCAUCACCAGAAGCAAAGGCUGCUCAAAACCUCCACAACUUCUUCACCUUCGUUGCUGUUAAAAUUGUUGCUGCUCAACUUGAGAGCUAUAAUCCUGAAGCAUAUGUUGAGCUAAUGGAGUUUGUGGCUAAACACCCAUUAGAUGAUGGUGACAAGUUCUGCGCCAGUAUGUUCAGAGAAUCAUCAAGACAUAAGAACUUAGCCCUACGCAUAAUGGAGGUGCGAUCAUCAUACAGCCAAAAUGAUUUUGAAUGGAACAACAUGAAGCGCCUAGCUUUUAAGAUGGUCACUGAAUCUAACACGAGGCUUAUGAGGGAUUAUGUCUCCGAAACCAGCCGUCCUGAAACCGAGAAGUAAAUAGUCCAGCAACAGAGCAAGAACCUCCAUUCCCUCUGACUCUGAUCGAACAGAAGCUUGGGCUACAUAUUAAUAUGUAUGGAAAGAAAGCAGAAAAUGCAUUCACAUGGGUACUUGAUGAAUUGCAUACCCCGGUAUUAGCAUGUUUAUAAUGAUUAGAAAUUCGAGUUAGACCAUAAAUGGUUGGACAAAUCUGUAAGUCAAUUUGACAAUCAACAUACCGCAGUGACUUAAUGGAAUAAUUGAAGAACA